CCCACCCAGCAGUCAGAUAUCCCUGUCGUUGGUGGCCUUUCGAGCAACACCGAAACUUGGACACCUUGUGAAGCUGCUGCAAAGAUGGUGCUGAAAGCGGUCUGUGUGUUAAAGGGAGACGGAAACGUUGGCGGGACCGUGUUUUUCCAGCAGGAGGAUGACAAGGCCCCGGUGAAACUGACAGGAGAAAUUGGGGGACUCGCACCUGGAGAUCAUGGUUUCCACGUCCACGCUUAUGGGGACAACACCAAUGGCUGUGUCAGUGCAGGCCCUCACUUCAACCCCCACAACAAGACUCAUGCUGGUCCUGAUGAUGAAGAGAGGCAUGUUGGAGACCUUGGGAAUGUCACUGCGGGUGCAGAUCAAGUGGCCAAGAUAAACAUUACAGACAGGAUGCUCACCCUCACCGGCCCUCUCUCGAUCAUUGGCAGGACCAUGGUGAUCCAUGAGAAGGCUGAUGACCUGGGAAAAGGAAACAACGAGGAGAGUCUCAAGACUGGUAACGCUGGUGGACGGCUGGCCUGCGGGGUCAUUGGCAUUGCCCAAUAAAGUAAUCACGCUUUCCCCACAAUCUGCCUGCACUAGGAGCACUGGAAACCACUGUUGCCCUCCGCCGCAAACAAGACCAAUAUAGCCACCUAAUGUGACAGUUUGUUGUUCAGUUACUUUAUGGCUUCUUAUUGACCAGUCUGGAAAAAUAGCACUUAAGAGAUUAGAUGAGUUCCUUUACCCUGUUCGUUCUUGCACAGUCUGAGUGUUUGUAUGUCUGCUUAUCAAUUUUGUUCCAAAGAGUUGUUAACGUACUCAGUGAAGUUGUACAAAGUUAACCAAUAAAUUGUCAACUCAUCUGCA